GGGCUCCUACUCAGCCCUCAAGGCCCGACGUAGCUUCCUGGCCACCCAACUGGGCCCCCGGAGUGACCAGAUUUCUGCUUCUGGGGUUACCCACUUCUGCUUGUGCCACUCUCGCUGGCCUGCAAUCCACCCGCAACCCCCAGGCCCUGCCUGCGUUCAGUCCAAGGCUCCUUCGGGAAAGGUUGACUGCCGUCAGGCCCCGCCCCUCUGGAACGCUGUUGGCGAAUCAAGAGACUGCAGCGGUCGGCGGCUCUGGAGGCAGAGGCGGCGGUUGGUGUGAGCGCGUCGGCAGCUUCCAAAGUCCAACAUAUAAAGCUGGUAAAAGCAGAGCAGAUCUGGUCAGGUCCUGAGACGCUGAAUCCAGACCCAUGUUGUGGAAGACAGUGCUCUUAUUGGCCCUGGUGAGCCAGGUGCUGGUGCUGGAGAAUGGGCUCCUGCGGACGCCACCCAUGGGCUGGCUGGCCUGGGAACGUUUCCGCUGCAACGUUAACUGUGAUGAAGACCCAAAGAACUGCAUCAGUGAGCGGCUCUUCAUGGAGAUGGCCGACCGGCUGGCGCAGGAUGGUUGGCGAGACCUGGGCUACACAUACCUUAACAUUGAUGACUGCUGGAUUGGUGGGCGUGAUGACAACGGCCACCUGGUGCCCGAUGCCAAGCGCUUCCCCAAUGGCAUUGCCUUCCUGGCUGACUACGCUCACUCCCUGGGCCUGAAGCUGGGCAUCUAUGAGGACGUGGGCAACUUUACCUGCAUGGGUUAUCCAGGCACCACGCUAGACAAGGUGACCCAGGAUGCUCAAACCUUCGCCCAGUGGAAGGUGGACAUGCUGAAGCUGGAUGGCUGCUUCUCGACCCCCGAGGAACGGGCCAAGGGGUAUCCCAUGAUGGCUGCUGCCUUGAAUGCCACAGGCCGCCCCAUCGCCUUCUCCUGCAGCUGGCCAGCCUAUGAAGGGGGCCUCCCCCCCAAGGUGAACUACAGUCUGCUGAUAGACACCUGCAACCUCUGGCGCAACUAUGAUGACAUCCAGGACUCCUGGAGGAGCGUGCUCUCCAUCCUGGACUGGUUCGUGGACCACCAGGACAUACUGCAGCCAGUGGCAGGCCCUGGGCACUGGAAUGACCCAGACAUGCUGCUCAUUGGGAACUUUGGCCUCAGCUUCGAGCAAGCCCGGGCCCAGAUGGCCCUGUGGACGGUGCUGGCGGCCCCCCUCUUCAUGUCCACAGAUCUGCGCACCAUGUCCGCCCAGAACAUGGACAUUCUGCAGAAUCCACUCAUGAUCAAAAUCAACCAGGAUCCCUUGGGCAUCCAGGGACGCAGGAUUCUCAAGAAGUCCUACAUCGAAGUGUACAUGCGGCCGCUGGCCGGCUACUCCUACGCCUUGGUCUUCUUCAGCCGCAGGACGGAUAUGCCUUAUCACUACCGGACCUCCCUCACCCAGCUCAACUUCACCGGCUCCGGCCUGCAUGAGGCCCAGAAUGUCUACACGGGUGAUGUCAUCAGUGGCCUCCGGACUGAAACCAACUUCACAGUGGUCAUCAACCCUUCAGGGGUGGUGAUGUGGUACUUGUAUCCUGUCAGGAAGUUGGGGUCACCGCAGCAAUGAGGAACUGAAACACGUCACAGGCUAUAGCAGCACCACUAGCCCAGACCACGGAGCCUCGGCACCCCGAGGGCCAUUAGGCAGGGUUCUCUGCUAGCCAUGCUGCCCAGUGACCGACCCUAGCAGACUUCAGGGCCAGGUUCCGGCACUGCCCACGUGUGAACUCCCUUGGAAACUUGUCUUGGGGCACUGUCCUGUGGCCUUCUCGGCCUCUUGUCUUCAUGGCCCCACAGAUGCUGGUGAACUUGGCCAGUCUUCUGAGCCCCUACAGGCAAGGGUGGUGACACCCAUCAGGACUCCAGCCUCUGACUUUCUUUUGUUGACUCUGAAAUCAGGAUUUGGAAUUUUUCGUAUAAUUAGGAGUGGUGAUCUGACCUCUCGUUAGGAACUUCCAUGAAUCAUGUGAGUGGCUUUCCUGCCUGGAGGAGGCCUUGCAGGCUGACACUGCCCAGGAGUGACCCUGACUCCCUUGGGUCAUCAAUAAAGCUGUUCUUUAGUCAA